AUGGCGGCGCUUCAGAUGAAUGGCAGCCCUGUGCCUGUGCCUGUGCCUGUGCCUGUGCCUGUGCCUGCUCCUGUGCCUGAGGCUGCGGCUGCGGCUCCGCGCCAGUUCAAGAAGCACCGGGUCCUGCCGCGGCCGCUCAACGACCAGGCGCACGAUGGCCCCAGGCGCAAUUCCAACCUGACCAGCGGAGCGCCGGUGCCCAGAAGCUCGACGCCUCACCCGAUUGUCAGCUCACAGCCCUUGAAGCACCAGCUCAGGAGGAUAGGCACCGGACCUGACCUGCCUCCCACGCCGCCCGCGCAGUCCAACGCCUCCUCUAGCAGCCGUUCUGCCGCCGCCCCGAGCCCGACGAGCACCGAAGAUAGCGUCAGGCUGCCGAGCGUCGUCGCGAACCGACCGCCAGCCACCCCCCCUGACCAGCGCAGCCCCCCGACGCCAGAUGUCACCCCGCCGCACUCCUCAAGCCACGCCAAGGUCCCGCGUCCGAGCAUAAAGGGCCGCAAUACUUCGGGAAGCACCAUGGGCCCUGAGUCGAGGGCCGAAUCCUUCAUCACCGCCCGCGAGGAAGUGACGUCUUCGGAGGACGAGGCCGGGAGGGCUGCCGAAUGGCGUCGCAGGGAUUCCGUAACUUCGCAAACAACCGUUACCAUACCCGCCAGCACCGUUGCUAUUGAUGACGAUGCGGCAAGCGCGACAACUCCUUCGGACAAGACGCCAACGAUCCAACAAGGACGAAGAGAGGGCGACGGUACACCAAGGGCAAAGGCUAGAGCUGCUGAACCUGUCGACAGACAAGGCACAACUUUCAGAGAUGGACAUUCGGGGGACGCCCGCCUGGCAAGUGUGAUAAUGUCACAGCAGAACCAGCACCAACGACGAUCGUCAAGAGUGUCUCGUCCAGUCUUGCACCACGACGCUGUCAUCCAAGACAAGGUGUCUGCGGCGCCUACAGACGCCACGAAAGCCGUGCGCAACAUGCAACUUGACGAGGCGGCGCCUGAAAUAUCGUCAUCAAAGAACCCUGAUGAUCACAAGGCUGCCAGGUUGGCUCAUCCGCAGGUCGAAGCCACGGCCAAACGAGACCGCCCGCUGAGCACAUCCAGCCAAGCAACGUCAAUCGUCGAGGUUGUCCUGGUGGAUGGACCGCCCAAGAGGGAAAGAAAACUGCGCCAUAUGCGAAAGCUGAGUACCCUGAGAACUGCUGCUGAUAACAGAGGCGAGACUGCCCUGGUGGCCCAUCAUAGGGAUGUGAAAGAGGAAGCCUCAAAGGCCCCCAACAUCCCGCAGAGCCCGAAACUGGAUCCGUAUGAUCGCGAAAGCCACGCCUCAACAGUGACGCCUUCGGCAAACCCUCCACCCAUCUCCAGCAGGACCGCGAGACGGGAGAUUUGGAAGAGUGGCGCCAUCCCCGUGGUUAUCGUCCCUGAUCGGCGAUCCUCGAGAGGUCCCAAGAGCAGGGAGCCUUCCCUUCGAUCCACAUCCAGCAAGCGCUCGGACAGGUCCAAGAGCGUCAGAUCUGUCCCUGCUCACUCUCCCUCGUCAUCGACCAACUCAAGCUCUGGACCUGUCUUUGAACGCCCUUCUCGCCGGAGUCGGGCGUACUCCGAGUCAGAUGGAUCUGUGCGGACGAUGGACUUUCCUCCCACGAUUCCGCAGCGGUCCUCGUCACUGUCCGCCCCCACGAGUCGCAACAUUUCCAGGGCUGGCUCAGUGACUGGUGUCUCGGUCACCGCCAGCAGUGUCAAGGUCCACGUCGCCGAGGUCGAGGAGCAGGCCAUCUCUCGCUUCAGCCAGGAGGUGCACAUCAUCUGCCCUAGCACGCCGUCGCUACCUCCCGCGUCCCCAGAGACGAAGGGCCUGGAAAGGGAGGAGACAGCGAACAGCCUUGGGGUCGACCAGCACGAUGAUGUGCUCUCGGUGAAGAAGAUUCCACUGCGGAACACGCCCUUCUCAGUGGCUUCCAUGGACACGUGUGCAACGGCGCCCGAGCUGUCGGAGGCUCUCGCUAUCCACAUGUUUCCUCACCAGAACUCAUCGGUUGUCAUGGUGGACCAUUCAGCCCCGGCGAAGCACGUAUCCAGCCCUCCGAACUCCAUGAUGGCACAUUUGUACGAGCAGAAACCAGCGACCCCUCUCCAGAGAAGAUUCUCGUCGCCUGCGGUCGAUUCACCCCUGCGCAACCCACGAGCACCGCCUCAACCGCCAUCGCACCCACCCGCGAUCAACUUCAUUCCCGCCACGCCUUCAGGCAUGACCCCUGCGGCCGAACGAGCCAUUCUCCAAGGCAACUACUUUGAGUCGCUGAACGAGAAGCCUCCUCGACGGGCUUCCAUCGUCAGAAGAGCUUUCAGCCGACGACGCCAUUCCAUCGACUACGUGCCGACUUCGCGGGCUUCGGGCUUCCUGGCCAGGGCUUUCUCUCUCUCGCGGAGGAACCGCGAUGAUAGCGACAUCUCCCUCUACAGAGACAACGACAAGCCUACCGAGGAGGACAAAUUGCAUCCGUUCUGGCGCCCACAGUGGAUCAGCGACGAGGAUUCCGAGCCCUGGGAUGAUGACGAGGAACGGAGUGACGACGAGGAAGAAGAAGAGGGCGAUGAAGUCUUUCGAUACCCUCCCGUGGACAACCGUCCCCGAAGGCAUACCAGGAGCUUUGGCCAAAGGUUGAAGCAGACCCUUUCACUCUUGCCAUCGCAAGAAUACCAUGUCGACGACGUGCACGGACCCCAGCGCCGAACCAUUCGACGGACAUCGAGCGGCAAUCUGCGAAUCGUACGCCGCAAGGUCAGCUCCGAGUCAAUGAGGCGAAGGCAGAGCCCCGGGUGGCACAUGACCAACGAUUUGCGUUACGAUAAUUCUGCAACGACUGACGAUUUUGACGAAUUCGCCUUUGAGGAUGGACUGCCACAGCUCGUGCUUGUGGCUUCUUUCUCACCUAUUACCAACACAGAAAGCAAGUUGGAUCGCAAAGGCUAUGAUAUGAAGCGCUUUCAAGCGUUCAACGUCUCAUUUUAAUAUAUGCUCUCUCAUCAGGAUCUUUUCCUCUUUUGAUACAAGAGCUACGCUUUUGAGUUACCGUUGUCUCCUUUUUCCAUUCCUCUUUUUUUCUCUCUGAUUGCACGUUGGUUGCUUGUUCUCCUUUCAAGUUUCAUGUUGCUGGUCAAUAUUGGACCUUUGCACGAAGAAAUACGGGAUUCUCAAAGAAGGGGUAGGCUAGAUUUGGUUGCCUUUUUGUUUCUUUCUCUUUUCUUCUUUCUAUGAGAGAUCUGUAAAUGAAAUGAAAGCCAUUUUUUUCUUUCUUUCUGGUUACUACUGCUAUCUCGCUGUCGUUUCUCGAUUUGUGUUUUUUUCCGUGUCAGUGUUGAUGUUGGGGUGUACUAUAAUUUGGUGUAUGUCGAGCAGAGAGAAGAGCAAAUUUGGGCCUUUUAUGAAUGUCGUUUCAUUUCCUGCCAAUCGACGAAUGGUCAUGUGAAUCAGUCACGUUUGAAAAAUUGAAGGGGGCUAUGAAUUGUAUGUGCUUUUAUGCGAAUGCUGGC